ACACGCACACACACGAGGUGUUGCGUCAACACAGGCUGUCUGUCGGUCACCGUGGGCUUACAGAUGUGUGUGAAGGUGUGCGCGCACACACACUCACACACACACACACACACCCCUCCUCAGCAGCCAGAGCAGCAGCAACCCGCCUUAUCUCUCCCUCCCACUCGACUGCUCUGUGUUUUAUGUCUGCGUCACAACAAGUCGAGAGAGAGACAGAGAGAGAGAGACAGAGAGAGAGGAAGAGAGAGAGAGAUGAUGAUGAUGGUGAUGAUGGUGAUGAUGAUGGCGUCUCUGUCGGCUCAAGCCUCCCUGACAGGCACGUUUUAACAACAGCGGCGAAGGAGAAGAGGAGGAGCAGAGGAGGAGAAGAGGAGGAGGACAGAGAGAGUGAGAGAGAGAAGAGGAGAGGAGGAGAGAGGGAGAUGAGAACAUGACGGAGCGGCGUGGCACGAGACAGACGGACUGACGGACAGACUCAACACUGACGACUUGACUGACACACACACACUGAUAUACACACAUACACAAACACACUCAUAUAUACACACACAUACAGAGAGAGAGAGAAAGAGAAAAAAGAGAGAGAGAAAAAGAGAGGAGAGCACUCUCUCUCUCUCUCUCUUUCUGCUUCACACACACACUCAUACACACACACACACACACACACACUCUCUGAAAGCACAUCCACAAGAAGAGGAACAAGAAGAAGAAGAAAAAGAAGCAAAGACAAGCAAAAACAGCUCGAGGUCGGACAUAUUUUCAUGUCAAGCACCGACAGCAGUCUCUGUGACCCCAGCAGAGAAGAGUACCACUUCACAGGCUCAGGAUGGGGGUAGUCAGUGAAGGAGAAGAUGUGUUAGCACGGUGGAGUGAUGGACUGCUGUACCUGGGCAAUGUCAAAAGAGUAGAUGUAGUGAAGCAGUGCUGCCUGGUCAGGUUUGAGGAUAAUUCAGAGUUUUGGGUCCUCAGGAAAGACAUUCAUUCAUUCUCAGCCAGUGGAGAGGAAGUUUGUUGUGUCUGUGACGGACCGCCUCUUAAAGAGCCUCUCAUAAACUGUCUGAAAUGCCGCCACGGUUAUCAUCCACAGUGCCAUACUCCAACCAUUGAUCCCGAGGUUGACAGCAAUUCCUGGAUCUGCCGCCAGUGUGUCUUUGCUGUUGCAACCAAGAGAGGGGGAGCCUUAAAACGAGGGCGCUUCGCCCGACUCAUGCAGUUAAUGAAACUGAGGCUGCCCUAUCAGCUGUCGUCUUUAGACUGGGACCCCCAGCACCUGACCAACCAGCAACAGUGUUACUGCUACUGCGCCGGACCCGGAGAGUGGAAUCUGAAGAUGUUGCAGUGCGGCAGCUGCGGCCAGUGGUUUCAUGAAGCCUGCACACAGUGCCUGACUAAACCUCUGCUUUAUGGAGACAGGUUUUAUCAGUUCCAGUGCUCGAUCUGCACAAACGGACCAGAGACCAUUCAGAGACUGCCUAUGACCUGGGUAGAUCUGGCCCAUUUGGUGCUGUAUCAUCUGUCUCUGUGCUGCAAGAGGAAAUACUUUGAUUUUGAUCACGAAAUCAUGUCCUUCACCAACGAGAACUGGGAAUCUUUGCUGCUGGGCACGUUGUCAGAUACACCCAAGCAAGAUCGCUGCAACAAUCUGCUCAACGCUUUAAAUUCCCACAAAGACAGGUUCGUCUCGGGCAAAGAGAUCAAGAAGAAAAAAUGUCUUUUCGGCCUUCAAGUGCGGGCUCCUCCCCCGCUGUCAUCUGACUCAUCGCCCCUCAUCGCUGACCAGCCUGUCAGCAUCACACACCGCAGAAGCCCCCUGUCACUGCCCUGCCAGAGACGAACGGUGGGGCCAGAGUCUCGCAAAUCAAAGCGGCGCAUCGUGGAGACACAGACCUGUCAGCCAGGAGUUACUGCCAACAACAUAGAUCUGGCGCCAUGCUGCCAUGGUUAUGUAGGUGGGGCGAACGUCUACAACACCCGGAAAUCAGAGGAAGAUCUAAGCUUGGGGUCUCCUCCCAAGAGAAUGUUAGCUCUGUAUCAUCCGUCAUACAAUGGAUCUCAGGGUCUGUCUCGAACUCUGCAUCACUACAGUGCUGAGGACCCUUGCCGGCUUCCAGCACCCUGUCUGCCCUACUCGCCCUCUCAUCCACCUGGCCAGAGGUUCGAACAGUGCUCCUCACUGUGCCUGCGAGAUGUUACUCCCUACCCAAACGGAGUGAGCAUGGAGCACGGGCCCACAGCGAGAGGCUGGGGUGGCGGGGAGGCCGUCAGGAUUCUGGCCAGACGCAUCACGCCGGAUGGGAAGGUCCAGUACCUGGUGGAGUGGGGGAACGUGAGAGUCUACUAGCCGAGAGAGAGAGGAAGAGAGAAGAAGAAGAAGGUGACUUGAUGUGUCGGAAUGAUAGAGGGAGUACUGGAGCUCUCGAGUUAGAGAUAAAGGAUGAAAGAGUAGAUAACAUUAAACAGUAGGGAGGAGGAGCGACCCAGGAAAGCUCUAUGAACCUGCGUGAUCACAGCUGUGAUCGGGCUGUAUAUGUGCAGCUGACAAGAGCACUGGACUCGAGUCUCAGCAAGCAAAGAGAAAAAAAAAAGAAAAAUACAUAAAACCAAUCCAGGUUGAGCUCAACAGCAACUUCACUCUGUGGGAUUAUACUGUUAGAUCUCUUUUCCCCCGCAGGCGUCUCCUAUAUUUUGAAUACUGUUAGAAAACACCUUUAGAAUGCCUUGAACUUUACUAUCAUGAUUUGUAUUAUAUAUAUACGAUAUAAGCUACUCAUGGUAAUUCUAUGUUGUUUAUGCACUCAUCACAGUCAAAGAGAUAUGAUUUGCGAGAGAGACUUUUAUCAAGAGGUCAUAAAGUACACCAGUAAUUGUAAUAUUACACCUUAACAGGGAAAAAAGGGCACACUUGAGAAAUACUGAUAAUAUUCCUGAUCAAAUUCCUUCUAAAUAUGCAAAUGUUUAAUGAUAGAUGACCUGGCCUAAGCUGGUCUGAUCAACAACUUAAUUAGGCAGUAGAGAAAAGUCAAUUUCGCACGUCGCGGGUUCAUCUGAUACGCAGAUGUUAAAUAGCACCUUCAUUAUUCACUUUAUUCAAGCACACGUUCAAGUGCUCAAGCUUAGUGGACCCUUCUUUUAAUCAGAGUCAACAUUUCUGUAAGUUAACAUCAUAAUAAAUGCUGAGCUGAUGCAUUUUAAACACCCCUGAUUCUGCUAUGCAGCAGUGAAAACACCUACAACCCCAAAUCACUAUGGUAAGACAGUAAAGAAAAUGCAAAAAAAAAAAAAAUGACAAUAAUGAAUUAAGUGUUUCUUAAAUUAACUUUACAUUUUAUUUAAUUGCAGACAAUAUGAAUAUGAAUGUCACAUUACAGGACAUGUGAUUGCACUUAAGGCAAUUAAAUCAAACACUUCAUGUUGCAAUGUUUUGAUUCUUACCAAAAAAAGGAGAUACACAGGGCUGUCUCUGUGUCUGUGUGAGUCACAGUCUGCUGCUGCCUGCACGAGAAGUGCAAGGGGGAGGGGGAGCACAUGGGUUGGGGGUGGGGCAGGAGUAAACACGAGGAAACUGCAUGUCCUCCAUCCACAUGGUUGGGCACGUGCUUGUAAACGCACGUGUGGAAAGCUGUGCACCUCAGUCCAGCACAGUUUUGCAGUGCAGAUAUUUCCAGUUACAGCUGAAUUCACGCUUUUAAUCCCAGAAAAAUGCUCUUAUAUACCUUUUAAAAAGCUAUUUAAAUGCCUGAUUAAAGGGCCGAUUACUGUUCUUUUGUUGUUUUCCUCUGGUUUUGAGUGCUCAGCGAUACCAGUAAAUGUAACUCUGUAUUGUAGGGCCUGACAAAGGUUUGCCAAAGUUAUCCCUCAUCGGUGUGGUUUUGCCCAUGCAGCGAUUGUUAAAUGACGAUUAAAUUACGAUGACGAUUGUUAAAUGACGAUCUUGAUUAAUUAAUUAAUUUCCUUUAUAUAUUACUUCUCUAUACUAAUAUUAAAAAUGAAAUGAAGUUACCAGACAAAACAUAAACUAUCUUGGGUUCAUACUGUCUGCAAUCAAAUAAAAUGAAUAAUUUAGUUUUUUUUUUGUCUUUCUCAUACUGUUACAGUCUUUUCUGAUUUGGGGUUGUGCAACAUUCAUUCUUUAAGUUCCAAAAAAUACUGUCUAAACCAUCAGUAUGUGUGCCCUGAACAAAACCAGAGAAGUUGAAGCUGAAAGGAUCAGCCAGAAAAUGUUUCUUCAGUUUUUAAAUUAGCUCAGUGAAUGUAAUCACUACAGAUUUACUUUUUACUGAUUCAGCUGCGCUGAGCUAAUUUAAAAGUUUCAGAUGUGGUAAUUAUGUGUGUGCGCAGCGUACUCAAAUGACUUAAGCAGCCUACUGUAAAUCCUGUAACACAAGUGGUGGGGGAGAAUGUACAGCUAUGGAUAUACACAGAAUAUUCACGCAGUGUCCUCCUUAGAAACUCAGUUGGAAGACUGUGCAUUGGAUCACAUAUUUGUUGUUGGUGUCUGAUAGCAAAACUUUCAAUUGUGCAAAUUUAAAUGAUGAAGAACUUUAAAUGAAUCUAGAAGACUAAAUAUAAAAAAGAUAAAAAAAUGAUCUGGUUGGCAGUAGUGCUCGGCUAUGGUACCAAACAGUAUGUAACUUUUAUGUAUCUUGUUGCUGAACACUUCAGCUUGCUUUGAUAGAACAGCUUAAAUAAUGCCUGAACUAAGAGUUCAAUACUCUGUAUAGUCUUUUGAGACAGGAUUCACAUCUCUGAUUGCGGGGAACACAGUGCUUAAGCGAACAUAAAAAUGAUACAUAUCAUGACUGUCUGCUUAAAAAGCUACUGUAUCGCUUGUGGUGAGAACGUGGUCCGGUCUCUAUCCGACCCGGCUAUCAAAUAUACUUCUUUUAUUGGAGCUGAACUGCUGAUAAGGUGCAGUUUAAUAAGAUACUUUAGCCAGAUAACGCUAAUUAACACAGCUAUGAACAAACGCUGUCUCUGCUCCAUGUGUCUCUGUUUACACACGUGGUCUGUGCUGCACGUCCCAUUCAAAACACUGUGUUUGAAAGUGCAGCAUUUAAAGCAGUCAUAAACUGCAUAGAUACUUGCGCUGGAACACAGAAUUGUCUCGCUAUAUUUACUAGAGAUAUUUACUAGAAGACACAGUGUGGUGCAUUUAGGUUUAUACCUGUGUGAAACCAAAUCAAACAGAAGGAGAAACACUCAAAGUAAACAAACUCAUCAACUGAUCCAGACCAUAGAAACCAGCGACAGGUGUAUAUCACUAUAAUGAUAUACACAGCAGGGGGCAUUACCAUGUGUUUUGUGAUAAUUUGGAGACAUAUUAUUUCUUUUGUUGGUUCAGACAAGACUGGAAAACCUUUGUAAAGCUUGGGUGGGAAUACACACACACACACACACACACACACACAUAUAUAUAUAUAUAUAUAUAUAUAUAUAUAUAUAUAUAUAUAUAUAUAUAUAUAUAUAUAUUAGGGGUGUCACGAUUCUCUAAAUCAUCGAUUCGAUUUUAUUUCCAAUUUUAGGUUCAUGAUUCAAUUCGAUUCUCGAUUUUCUUUUUUUUGUUACAGCAGAGAGGCCUCUGCCAGUUUUAGAUUAGUCUAUGGUCAAACAUUGGUUUGAUUCAUCAAAUUUACAAUAUCUUAUUUCAAAAGGUGGGCUUGAUAUAAGUGAUGCAAAGUGAUACAAGUGAUCUGUAAUACACCACAUUAGGCACUUAUAGUUAUAUGGCUAUAUAUGUAAUGCCAUCUAGUGGCUUUCUUUGGUAGCAGCAGUGUGCACUAUUAAAACAGCAAUGUGCAACAUAAAAUAAAUAAUAAAAAAUACAGGAACAGUCAGUACAAUAGUACAAAAUAAUAGAACAAUUAGAGCCUUAACAAACUGAACUCCUACUAUAACAGAUAAACAUGAAAAAUAAGACUUAAAGUUUAAAAGUUUUUUUCUUUAAUAAAGAUAUAUUAUUAACUUUAUCUGAGAGAAAGAUGCUCCUUAAGGUACCAAAACUAUUAAUAUAUUUGAGGCUAGACAAAACAACUGGCUGCUCUUUGAGCUACAGUGUGCUGCGACAUUUGCGUAGCUUAGAGAGAGGGAUCGUCGAUCCUCUUUUUAAUUCGAUGCUCGAGACCAUGACAUAAUUUCGAUCGAUUUCGAUGAAAUAUCAAAAUCGUGACACCCCUAACAUAAAUUUAUAAAAUAUAUGUAUUAUCUGCUGCCUGUGUAACAUGAUUCUAAUGUAAUCGUCAGGCAAAUGCAGUACAUGAAGAUGAAAAAUAGUGCCCUCAAGAUUUUGUUUAAUGUAAAAAACCGAGCCAAACGAUCGACCAUCAGCCAUGUAACACUCUUUUAGCGCAGAGGAAGGGUGUCUAGUAAGUUAAUGAAUUCAUAUUCGUAUAGCAGUGGAUGGCAGCACACAAAACAUCAAGAACAUUUGAGACUCUUAAGCCGUUACUUAAAGUAAAAACUGUGGUAAUACAUAUAUUAGCCUUAAUCAAAUGUAUUUUUAUGAAUAAUGGCCUUAAAUUCUCAAAAGAACUCAAAAAGCACGUAAACGUUGCACAUUAAUUGUUGAAUGUGUCAUGUUGAGAUCAGUUGUGUUACAGGAUUUUGCCGUUUCACUGUAAUUAAAUCAUUUGAGUAGUUCACUGUCGGAUUUUACUCUGUGGUGUCCCAUUUCUGACUUUUAUGACAAGUGAAAUGACAAGCAAGGCCUUGGGGUGCAAGACGUCUCUGCAUGGAACGUUUCAGAAGCAACACAGUCUUUUUUCUAGAUUAGAGACUUCAGUGGGUCUGAGCAGUAAUUCCUCACGCCGGUGAGGUUAAAUUCAUCAGUGGAUGAAACGAAUGUAUUGUAUUUUUCUUUCUUUCUUUCCUUCUUUUCUUUCAUGAGAAAUCAUGUACGAUGCACCUGUGAAGUGUUUUUAAUAGACCAUAGAUGGAUUUUUAAAAAACAAUUCAGGGUUAACUUUAAAGUCAAGAGACAAAAACUAGCAGACUGUACUCUUCUAUUUUUUUUUUUCUUUCUGUUUUGUUUGUUUUUGUUAUUUUGGUUGAAAUGUUGUCAAGUACAAGUUUGGUUGGAUGUUAUCUAUGACUUUCGGUCAUGUUAAGUUUAUACAUUGUGUACAGUAGUUCAAAACACUUAAAAUGUGAACGACUAAUAAAAGCAUUGCCCUUCACAUCGUA